UUAGUUGAAGACAGUUAUGAUGCAUAUGUUGUAUUGAAGACAUGUAUUGGGAUUCAAAAUUAAAAGCAGAAGCUAGCACUUUUUUCCCAUCUCAACGACUACAUAUUUCCUUCUUCACUGAGUAAAAUCAGAAAGUUGAAGGAAUCUAUACGUUAAUGGCGGAAAAUUCUCAACUGUUGCUGGAAAAAGGAGCAGGAAAGCAGUCGAAUUACUAUGAAAAUUGUCCAGGUUGCGCAAUUGAACGCCUCAAAUGCUCCAAUGUCGGCAUCCCUUUAAAGCACCUUUUCUUCAUCGGCACUGUCACCCUCAGUGCGGCUUUGCCAAUAACAUCCCUCUUUCCUUUCCUAUAUUUUAUGAUCGGGGAUUUUCAUAUUGCAAAAACAGAGGAAGAUAUUGGUUAUUAUGCUGGAUAUGUAGGAUCUUCAUUCAUGUUUGGGAGAGCUUUAACAUCUCUUUUAUGGGGAUUAGUAGCAGAUCGGUAUGGCCGAAAGCCAGUUAUACUGAUUGGCACUGUUGCAGUGGUCAUAUUCAAUACACUCUUUGGUCUUAGUUCGAAUUUUUGGAUGGCAGUUUCAAUGAGGUUUCUUCUUGGAAGUUUGUCUGGAGUACUAGGACCAAUGAGGGCGUAUGCUUCAGAAAUUUGUCAUAAAGAAUAUCAAGCACUGGGGAUGUCAGUUAUAAGCACAUCGUGGGGAGUAGGCUUGGUGAUUGGACCAGCUAUAGGUGGUUAUCUCGCUCAGCCAGCUGAUAAAUAUCCUGAAAUUUUCUCUAAACAAUCAGUAUUUGGGAGGUUUCCAUAUCUUCUGCCCUGUCUCCUAAUAUCAUUGUUUGCAGUAGUUGUAUCAGUCGUAUGUUGCUGGCUUCCAGAAACCCUGCACAUCCAUUGCCAAAACAAAGAAUAUGCUGCGUAUAAUGGUGUGGAGGCUGCUGCAUAUGAUUCUACAUUGCAAGAGAGAGAUGGAAAUUCUGGAGACAGUCUUCCUACUUCUCAGAGUAGUCUUCUAAAAAAUUGGCCUUUAAUGUCGUCUAUUAUAACGUAUUGCGUUUUCCAACUUCAUGACAUGGCCUAUACAGAGAUAUUCUCUUUAUGGGCUAUUAGUCCUAGGAAUUCUGGAGGAUUGAGCUACACAACUUCUGAGGUUGGUGAAACUCUUUCUAUCACAGGACUUGGUUUACUACUAUUUCAACUAUUCUUGUACCCAGUAGUUGAGAGGAUUCUUGGGACAAUCAUGGUUUCACGCAUUGGAGCAGUUCUAUCUGUACCUCUGCUAUCAACUUACCCAUACAUAGCCAUGUUAUCUGGUUUUUGGCUAUCAGUGGUUCUUGAUAGUGCCUCAGUAUUGAAGAACGUGUUCUCUGUGUCAAUUACGACAGGGUUAUUUCUUCUGCAAAACAGAGCUGUGUCCCAAGAACAAAGAGGAGCUGCUAAUGGAAUUUCGAUGUCUGCAAUGUCUCUUUCUAAAGCAAUUGGUCCAGCAGCUGGGGGUUCUUUAUUCUCUUGGGCGCAAAAGCGUCAGGGUGCUUCAGUUUUGCCAGGUGAUCAGAUGAUUUUCUUCCUCCUUAAUGUGAUCGAGGUCAUUGGUUUGCUAAUGACAUUCAAACCAUUCCUAGUGCUUCCUGAAGAUAAUGUUUCCAACAGAAAACAUGAGACUUCAGAAGAGAGCAGAUAGUCACAUUUUUGGACUGGUGGAACUGGCUUUCAUCCAUUAACAUAGUUUUGCAUUAGGAAAGAAGUCCAUGCCACAAUACGCCCGAAUUGGCUUGAGUUGGGUGAAAUGAACAAAGAGAAGCUGGAAAAACGUGUUUCAGAGACUAUGUUCAGUUUCAAAUAUGGUUAAGAAAAUUUUGGAUGGUGUGCCUUGAACAGUCAGUAGUGGAGUUGACGUAGUUAGUUUCGUUUUAGUUCUUCCAUUGACUGUAAAAACAGUGAUGCCUAUCAUGUUCAAAUAGAUACUGCUAUUAGUCCCUUAUAAAGAAUGAAAAUAUGUUGCACAGAAA